CUCACACACACACACACACACACACACACACACACACUCUCUCUCUCUCUCUCUCCUUUCUCUUUAUACACCGCAUCCCCCUCUUUUUUUUUUUCUCCUCUCUACUUCAAUCCCUUCCCCAAAAGUUAGAUCAUGACCAGAGAGUCCACCCCUCCACCUACAGAAGCUCCCGCGUCCACAUCUACUACUGCCCCUCACGAACCCCCCUCCCUCCCCGCCUCCCCUCUCGCCAAACGCACCAAGCCCAACUUGAACACUACUACGUCUACAACCACAAUGGGAUCCAACGAAACCCCCGUUCCCGCUGGCCCUGCCGCCACGGCGCCCUCGCUCCUGAUCAAGAAACUUUCCCCCUCUGGUCGCGCGCCAACCCGGGGCUCUGCCUUUGCUGCGGGGUACGAUCUGUACAGCGCAAAGGAAACCGUUAUCCCCGCGAAGGGCAAGGCGAUGGUGGACACAGGAAUCGCAAUUGCUGUUCCUGAGGGGACAUAUGGACGAGUUGCUCCACGCAGCGGCCUCGCGUCAAAGCAUUUCAUCGAUACCGGUGCUGGUGUGAUUGAUGCCGAUUACAGAGGCGAGGUCAAGGUUCUGCUGUUUAACCACUCCGAUGUGGAUUUCCCUGUGAAGGAGGGGGAUCGAAUUGCGCAGUUGAUUUUGGAGAGGAUUUAUACCCCAGAGGUUGUGGUUGUGGAGGAAUUGGCGGAGAGCGUGAGAGGUGCUGGGGGAUUUGGGAGUACUGGUGUUUAAUUGACCAUGUCAGCGGUAUAUACAGGUAUAGAUUGGGUUAGUUAUGAAAAAUUAUGAAUACAAGAUGCAUUUACACUAGACACACAAUGUAUCAUAAUCCUUCCCGUAUAUAGAUAUAGCCUUUCGCUUUACAUCUCUGGUGGGUUCUUAGCAAGUAUACCUGUAUAUAAGAAAGC